AUGAAUGACAAUACAAAAAGUAAACCAAUGGUAAAAUGCGAGCUACUGGCACAACAACUUCAAGAAAAGCUUGAAGAACAUAUUGAAGGAAUUAAUCUUCGCAUAGAAGAUAUUCAAGUCAUGAACGUGUCGCAAGGUGAGCCACUUGUAGAAGCUGACUACAGGGCUAUUGAGACUGUUCACAUUAACGUAGAUAGUCAGCAAGCAGUUCAAAACUAUAAAAUAGGUCGGUUGCCAAAUUUAAUUAGAGAUUUGAUAAGGGAAGUAGCUUCCAAUAUACCCAAUAAGAAAAUGACAGUCAUGAUCGAUGUAGCCCAAACAAAAAAUAAUAUUUCAAUCCCAAAUUUUACGAUAAUUUACCAAGGAGCUUACGACCCAAAACUUCAAGCACCGCUGCAGUGCAUGGUUUGUAACCAAUCAUUCGAAGAGCGCGAAGAUUUCAUAACACAUAAAAAAAUGCAUUAUGAAUACUCCAAAUUCAAAUGUUUAAUAUGCCAAAAAACAUUCAGCUACCUGAAUACUCCCAACCAGCAUUAUCGGAUGCAUUCAAAUACAUAUGAUUGUAAUAUUUGUGAUAAAAGUUUCUUGAAAAUGAGUGAACUCACUGCCCACAGACGAGCUCACAAGGGCGUUUAUAAAUGUCUUUACUGUCCUGCAUCGUUCAUUAAAUUAGAUAAUUUCAGAAAACAUUGGUACUGCCACACUAGUGAGAAGCCACAUAAGUGUGAACUGUGUAGACGUUCGUACCAAUGGCGAAGCAGCUAUAAUCGUCACAUAAAGUCUGAAUCACAUUUGGAUAAACUUAAAUCAAUUGAAACCAGAAAUAAAGAAGAAAAAUAG